AUGACUGUCCAGAAACUGGUAGCCACAGCUGUGUUGGUAGCCCUGGUCUCACUUAUUCUUAACAAUGCAGCUGCCUUUACUCCCAAUUGGGUAUACCAGACCCUGGAGGAUGGGCGUAAGCGCAGUGUGGGGCUGUGGAAGAUGUGCUGGCUGGCAGAGAAGGGAAGAGGAGGUGCAGGCACGGGCACCAGACAUGGGCAAGGGGAGGAGCGAGAGUGUGAAUCCCUGGGCUGGGGUUCAGAGUCAGCCGGGUUCCAGGAAUCUCGUAGCACUGUCAAACUGCAGUUUGACAUGAUGCGGGCCUGUAACCUAAUCGCUACCGUCGCCUUGACUGCUGGUCAGCUCAUUUUCGUCUUGGGCCUAGUGGAACUGCCUGUUAUUUCACAGGAUGUCCAGUGGUGGGAGGAAGCCAUAGCUGCUGUGUUCCAACUUGCCAGUUUUGUUCUGGUCAUUGGAUUGGUAACUUUCUACCGUAUAGGGCCCUACACCAACCUGUCCUGGUCUUGCUACCUGAACAUUGGGGCCUGCCUCCUGGCCACACUGGCAGCCGCUAUUCUCAUAUGGAACAUCCUUCACAGGCGGGAGGACUGCAUGGCGCCUCGGGUCAUUGUCAUUAGCCGUACCCUGACUGCUCACUUCCGCCGGGGGCUGGAGAACGACUAUGUUGAGUCACCAUGCUGA